AUGUCAACACUUCUGUGGACCUUCCACCGCAGAGACUUCAAGCGCAGGAACGGGAUGUCUCUGACUAACCCCAACCUGAAUGGCACACUCAGCACCAGUGGGGCAGCUGCUUCCAGUCCCAGCUAUGCGCCUGGCUUCACCCCACCAUCGUCAGGCAGCAACCCCCAGGUGCGGGAACACCUGGCUCCGAGAGCCUUCAACUACACCCGAGGCCUCUCUGGCUCCGGGAGAGGCGCUAACAACUGCGGUAAUGGCCAGUUGGGAGCGACCGGCUCGUUCUCCCAGGCUGGUCCCCGGGAGCCCUCCGGUGCUUACGCGGCACGGCAGUUCCACCCGGAGAACCGCCAGCAUAGCCUGCAGCAGAGGCCGCUUCAGCAGCAAAAGGCGAGUAGCUCCAGCUCCACCGUCACUUCGGAGCGCUACAAGACUGAGCUGUGCCGGCCCUUCGAGGAAAGCGGCAUUUGCAGGUAUGGAAACAAAUGCCAGUUCGCGCAUGGUUCCCGGGAGCUGCGUACCCUGUCGAGGCACCCCAAAUAUAAGACUGAGCCUUGUCGCACCUUCCACAGCAUUGGCUUUUGCCCCUAUGGCACUCGCUGCCACUUCAUCCACAACCAGCAAACUUACCAAGCUGUGCUUUCCGGGAGCACGUCUGCGGAGCAGAGCUCCAACAAUGGUUGUGAUGCGGGGCCCCUGGGCUUCAACCAGGAGCCAAAGCCAAGGCUGCAGACUGUCAGCUCUGCCAGCGCUUCCGGCUUACCAAUGGGCCACGGCCACCGUCUUGAGGCACCUGUGCUGGUGAACCAACCGAAGGUGAACUCAGGUAUGCAUCUGUCUUCAUCAUACCCUGGGGCCACAGCCCCCUCGACAUGCUGUGCCGCUGUGGCUGCAGCUUCUGCAGCUGCUUCUGCAGCUGCUGUGUUCUACCGCAAUGGCGGUGUCCCGUGCACCACCUGUGCCAAUAGUACCCUGGUCUUCGGUCAGGGGAUGGGUGCUGGCUACAGGGCACCUAUGCCAUUCCAGGGCCAAAACUUGGCCGCAGGGAAUGCCGUUGCCUACUAUCACAACCAGCAGCAGAGCCAGGCGGCUCCCGGGCAAUUCCAGCUGCCCAUGGUCCACCCUCCAGCCACCGCCUCAGCUCCAAACGCUGUCACCCCCAUGGCCACCGCUGCCAUUGCUCCGGGGGCUACCGCUGGCACCUUUGUCAGCCCUGGCACCACCGCCGCAGCAGUUACAGCUGUCCCUGCUGAAACCGCAGGUGCUCACACCGGCUCUGCCACCAUCGCUAAUGCCAAGGUUGCUGAAGGUUCCGCGCAGCCCUUCAACCUCCAGUUGCCAGGCGCCCAGUCGGAGUCGCUAGAGUUCGAUGUGCUCACCAGCAACCUGGAUUCCCUGUUGGGCACCCACAGCUUUGACAACCUUCUGAAUUGCUCCUCCAGCUUCGGCAGCUUCAAUCGCACCGACUCUCCCAACGUGCAACCCAGCCGCCGUCUGCCUAUCUUCAGCCACCUCUCGGACUCUGAUAUGUGA